GGAGUGGGUCUCCUGCCCAAAACGCUCGCAUCUUGGGGCGUUUUCUUCAGUGCGCCUUUGAUCCCUCUCCAAAACCUCGCCUCCAUCGCCUCGUGCGCGUGACCGGUGGCCGGCGCCCCAUGGAGACGUCCGGCGACGGGCCCGGAUGUGCUGGAGCCUGGAGGUCACCCUUGCCUUCGCGGCCGCCGAGACCCUGGCACUGCUGGCGUUGGUGGGGCGCGCGCGGCGCUAUGAUAGGGCCAAUGCUUUCCUGAUUUUGCCCCUGGUGUUGCAGGAGUGGCUGCAGGUGAUUUUGUGGAUGCAUAUCGGCGAGACGGCGACGGAGUGUGAUGGCACCAACCAGGCUGCCUCCGCGUGGGUGGCCUAUGUGGUCUGCGCGGUGCCCGCAUGGAUCAGCCUGCAGCCUUUGCUAGGUGCUCCGCAUGAGCUUUCGGAUGAGCACCGGCAGAUGUGCCGCAGCUUUGUUGCCAUGGCCAUUCUUUGUGGGCUGUGCGGUGCGCUGGUGCAGUUGCUGGGAAGCAGCUUCAGGUGGAUGAGCUCGGUCUGCACCUAUGUGGGGCCCUGGCAUCAUCAGAUUUGGCCAGUCAUGAACAUCCAAUACAACAUCUUCCCCGGCUUUCUGGGCUCUUUGAUCGGGAAGGUCUUGUCUGCUGGGAACCUGCUGCUCUAUAUGAUCUGCAGCAUAGGGGGCUUCUUGGCGCAUCGGCCCUCCUACGUGCUGCCGGCGAUGGUGGGCCUCAGCGCGGAGCUGUUGAUCUUGGUUCUGGGGCCUGAGUGGGGCUCUUUCUGGUGCUUCCAAGCCUCUGGCCUCUCCUUUGUUGCCCUAUUGGAGCCCUGGCUCUUUGAGUCCUUGGGUGAGCCGAACCUCAUGCAGGCCUCGUUCGCGGCUCCGAGGGAGGCGAGAGACGGCGAGAUGGCGGCGACGGCGCUGGGGAAGGAGGAAGAGGAAGACUCUCUGGUGUAGGCCACGCGCGUCGAAAUUUUCACUCCAGAUCUACAGGGCUUCCGAAAGGACUUUCUGUGUUUGGGAUGUCUUUGAGGCAUUGGGUGCUUUGCCAAACGUGUGAAGGUAUGGGAAGGUAGCUGCAGGUUGGUGAAGGCAUUGCAUCAAGUGUGCUCCCUUUGGCUUCAUGCUCUUCAGGGAUGGAAGCUCCCGGUCGUUGCGGUGUGAGUCAACCGCUGGCUCCGUGCCGCCGACAUCACCACAUUACACCUUACGUCCGACCGCCGACGUCGGAAUCAAUUCACCACUCUACAGCCUCGCAAGUCGCACCAGAUUGCACAGGAAAAAAAGCACAAGAGUAAAAGAACAACAGAUCACCUCAAAGCAAUGAUAAUCAGAGAUCACGAAAUCACGCGCAUGUCGCCCCACAGACUCUUUCACCUUGCACAAACGGAUCCACGAUCCGCCACCAAAUCUCCAACCACGCAGCAUGCAUCAGCUAGCAGGAGUUGCUCGGAGACAAACAAAGCAAGUUUUUGGCUACCGAAUCGGAUACGGUGGGGGAUCCCUCCAAGCUGUGGCUCCCUGUCGGAGAACUAAUUGGUCCAGUUCACUCCGGUCGCCGUAAAACACAACGUCCUCGCGACGACGUUCCGUGCGUCUGUGUUCGUCGAUCAAAGGAGCAAAGUAGACCUGCACAGUGCAGGAGAUAGGAGAUAGGGGCCCAAGUCGAAGCGGAUACAUUUAACCUCGGCUUUCUUGUGUCCUUCCCCAAAGAACGACAUGCGUUCUUUGUUCUUCUUUCACUCCUUUCUCCCCUGGCCAUGCUAGUUUUCGCUACCAAACCCCCGUCCUCAAAUAUUCUUUGGAACUCGACCACAUUCCUUGAGGUUGUUGCGUGACAUCGCCACUGGAGCCCACGGACAGAUUCAGUGCUCAGAACAGUGGCUCCUUCAACUCCACUGGAUUCGUCACAAAUUCGUCACGCCACACUCGUGGAGCAAGGCGGCAACAGAGGGUGUGAACGCACAUGCAAACGGCCCAUGUUUAGCUGCUUUGACGUAUGGGGUCAGGGUUGAAAAGGAAUGAUCAGGGUGGGUGAUGCCUUCACCGGCGUAAAGUCUUUGAGUCUUCGAGCCUGAGCCCGACGGACCUUUUUUCUUUCA